CCAGCACCGAAGUUAAGUGCUGCUAUGUCGGAUUAUUUCUACGGCAGAAGGCCCACUAGCCUUGCUAGCACAUUCAACGAGCGAGCUGGUCCGAGGACAUCCGACGAUCGGAGGUUUCAUCACCCUGUUAAACCGGCACAGCGCACCCCUCACUAUGCUCAAGUUUCGGAACUGUACCCGAUGCAAGCCCGUUCCGACAGUCCCAGUGAUUUUCGCUACCGCCCUACUGCCGAUAUAACGAUGCCUGAGUCGAGCUUGCUUGGUUCCAGUCACGGACGCGUUGGAGGUGGCGGUGGCGGUGUUGCCAUUCCAGUUGUCCAUCUCAGCUCGCCAUCUAGCUUCUAUCCUAGCCGCGGCUCCGUCUCCAGAGCCGCCGCCGCCACUGGACCCGUGACCAGUGGAACCACCCGAAGUGGAAGCGGUAGUCUCCUUCGCAAAACCACACAGGUCUCUAGUCCCACGUUUCCUUCCGAUCCCGAAGCUGAAGUUGACGCUCUCACCAACGUCCUCAUUCAGAGAAUGGAGACUCCUCGAUCCGGUGGUAUCAUGUCGCCACACGAGGCGAGUUCUGAUGGAACUGCCUCGCCAGCGGGAAGCAUUCAACGUGGCGGCGGCGGCGGCUCCGUGUCGUCACGAAUCGGUCGCCUACAGCAACAGCAGACUCAACAACGCGUUGGAUCUCCCAGCACAAUGAAUUUGAGCUCAGCCAGCAACAACACCAACAACGGCAGCCCACUCACCAUCGGCAGUCCUCGGACCUCGUCGCCGACCAAUUCCUCCGGUUCCAGUGGUGUGGGGGACUCGUUCCUGCAAAACAACUGUUUCCGUUGUCAAAAACCUCUAGUGCCACCGGAGGGCACAACCCUAGGCCCUGGCAUCAAUCCCCCACCGAUCGUCACCUUGACUGGGGCUCUCGCCGUUCGCUUGCACGAGGCCUGUUUCACUUGCUACCUGUGUCGAACGAAGUUGAACCCCGAGGGCUACUACCACAGCGUUCGCCGACUGCUCUGUCCAACAUGCGUGCGAGAUGGCGCCGUGGAGUCCUGUGCUAAAUGCCGACGUCCAAUAGGUGAGCGAGUCGUGAGGGCCCUUGGAGCGCCCUAUCACCCGAGCUGCUUCGUGUGCUCCAUGUGUCAGACCCACCUGGACUCCAAGCCCUUUACACUGGACGUGCACGACCGCCCGCUGUGCCUGGAGGACUUCCACAGACGCUACGCUCCGCGCUGCGCCGUUUGCAGUCGACCAAUCACUCCGGAGGCGGGCUCGCAGGAGGCACAGCGUGUUGUGGCAGGCGACGGCGACUACCAUCUCCGCUGUUACGGCGUCAGAGCCCCAGAUUCUGCCAGCACCACUCCCACACCUUCCAUGGCCGCCGCCUGA